AUGUCAACAUUUCAAUCACCAGCCGUCUCUUCAAUUUCUGCACUUCAUGCUUUUGAUUCUCGCACCUGUACUUGGCAAUCUUAUUGUGAUCGAAUAAGUUUUUACUUUCAAGCAAAUCGUAUUCAUACCAAUGAAGAUAAAAAAGCACUUUUUCUUUGGUCUGUUGGUGAUACAACAUAUAAUUUACUUGAAUCAUUGAUCUCACCACAAUCAUUAACUGGUGAUGAUAUCAAAUUCACCGAUUUAAUCAAGUUAUCAGAUGUUCAUUAUGAUGCAACGAAAAACAUUAUGACAUCAACAUAUGAUUUCUAUCCAUGUUAUCAAAAAUCAGGACAAACAUUUACUGAAUGGAAAGCUGAAUUAUGUGAAACACUACGCCAUUGUGGAUUUACUACAUCUGCUUUAAAAGAUAAACCACAUGACCAUGCACUUCGCGAUAUGUAUGUUAUUGGAAUCAGAGAAAAACUCGGUUCGAUUCGACCUCUGGUUGUAAUUAAAAGUCAAAAAAUUCGUCAAGCAUUACUUAAGGAACAAGAUCCUGAUUUAGAAACAACAGAAAAAAUUAUUCAAUUAGCUGAACUAUUAGAAGAAAAUGUUCGUCAUUUUGGUAAUUCAAUUAAUCCUGCUGAUUAUACGGUGGCAAAGCUUCACAACCAUCAACCAAAACGACAUAAACAACAACAAAGUAACUCAUUCGUAAAAAAUGAAUACAAACCAUGUGAAACAUGUGAUUCAACUAAACAUUUUCGAUCAAAAUGCAAAUAUCCUGAGUUUACUUGUAACUUUUGCAAAAAAACCGGUCAUCUAGAAAAAGUAUGUCGACAAAAGAAAAAUGAAAAAAAUUCUACAAAACAUAUUUCAACGAUUUAUCAAUUGGACUGUCCCAAUUACAUGAAACGACCAAUUAAACAUUCAUCUCCAUUUUCAUUAAAGGUCAAUAGUUAUGAUUUUACCUUUGAACUUGAUACCGGAACAUUUAAUACAAUUAUUAGUAUGGAGGAUUGGUACAAACUUGGAUCGCUGACUAUCUGUCUAUCUAAUUUGAAAUUAAAAUGUUACAGUGGUAAUGCUCUUAAAAUUAAAGGUGAAUGUAGUGUCAAAGUAUAA